GUCUCACAGCGGCAGAUGCUGGAACGCCAGCAACAGCAGAUGAGGGACAUGGAGGAGCCGCUGUCGGCGCUGGAGGGCUCGGUGAACAACCUGCAGCAGGCCGGCGCCGUUCUUCCGUGCCGCCCGGACCGGAGGACUUCGGAGGUCCGGACCUUCGCGGCGACCGACGGCGUCUUGAGGGCGACCUUCCUCCAUGCGGAACGGGAUCCGGUUUUCUUUCUAAGCCAAAACGAAAAAAACCCGGGGGAAAGAAAGAGAUCCGUUUUUUUUGAAAGGGAUUUUUGUUUCAAAGAAGGGACAAGGAAUCAACCCCUAGAGUCUCUGGUGGAUGCUGGGACCCAGCCUCGUUUUUUUUCUUCUCCGAUUUUGAGUGUGCAUGGCCAUGAACUGCGGGGGGGGGGCGGCCAAGGCUGGGUUUUCCAAAUGCUCCACUUCGAUGGGUGCCAUCAACCCGUAGACUGAGGUCCCGGGUCCAGUGAACUUCGUGCACAGUCCCUGGGCUUCCUCCCCCAAAAAGGGGCGCGUGUU